AAACUCCGAGAGCUGGGCCUGGGCGUUAUACAAGCAAUCCAAGACAGGCGAUGGAGGAGGACGCUGGUGGGAGCAGCAGACAGCGAGAAAGCCGUCAAAGCAGAGAGGCUGGAGGUGGAAGUCUGGAGAGGCGAGUGGAGGAGCUGGAGAGGGAGCUGGCCAUUGUGCUCCAGGAGCAAUCCAGGUUGCUGAAGGCCCUGCAGGACAAAGACGAACUCAUUGAGAAGCAGAAAGAGGAAAUCGAAUUGCUGAACCUGGACCUGGAUGAGAUUGAGGAUGAGAACGAGCAGCUCAAACAGGAGAACAAGACUCUGCUGAAGGUGGUGGGACAGCUGACGAGGUAGAGCUGCUCCGAGCGGCCCGGACACCGAACACCGACGUCCUGCUGGAGGUCAAAUCCUGCAGCGUAGCCUUCUAUCUGUUUCAUUUGGAGUAGAUUACUUUAGCUUGCCGUCAUUCUAGUCGGAUGCUGGUCAUUUGCCCCAUUUUCCAUUCUUUUUCUUUCAUUUUAGGGAUGUUUUGUACCCA